AUGGAAGUCGAAGAUUCCUUGUUCGUGACAGUUUUCUUGCUUGUUUUUAUGUCCUUCCUGGCCUUAUUUGCAAUACUUGGUAAUGGAAUUGUUCUUGGUAUCAUUGCUCGGUUUAAGAAGCUUCGCACCUUUCCAAACAUUCUGAUUGCUAAUCUGGCGUUGGCUGAUUUUUUCAACGCGUUCAUCAAUAUACCCAUGUACUUGCUUUAUGCAGUCCUGAACGUAAAAUGGUUUAGAGGAAAAACUUUAGCAAUGAUUUCGAUUUUCUCAUUCUCACUCCUUACCUUUGUAAAUGUCGUUUCCAUGUUGGUGCUACUCGUAAAUAUGUUUCUGGUGAUAACAUUUGACGUAAAAUAUUUCACCUGGAAAACGAAUAAAAAAGCCAUCAUUAUGGUCCUUGUUGAGUGGUUGGUCGGGUUUAGCUGUGCUGUUUUGUUGUGUCUUAAUUGUGAUGUCGAUCUUCAACAAGAUGCUUCUGUUUCAACGUAUCGUAAUGAAGUUCUGGGUAAAGGCAAACCUAUUGCGGCAGCCAUCACCUCGGCGUUGGUGGUCAUUGCAGUAGUCCUUAGUGCCAUGAUUUUCGGGUCAAUUCAAAAGAUGAAACGCCAGGUGAGUCUUUUUUUGCUUUAGAAUGAUUUUCUACAUUAAGUGAUAAACUGCGUGUCUUAAUUUAGUUUCUUGAACUUUUACGAAAAAGUAAUGCAGACACGCAUCCCCUACUGGGAAUCGAAAGUCAGUUCUAUUUUUCUUUGUUCACUGAGAUGAAAUAGCACAUAAAAUGCAAGUACUCUGGGAUUCCGCUAAGGCGAUUCAGGAAAUAUGAAAACGAUCAGCUCUUUUGAAUUAGACAAAAAGGCUGAUUAAGCUGAUUCGCUGGUACGUAAAAUUGCCUGUAGGCGAAAAACUUCAGUUCGCACACAGCGCCCUAAAAAGUGUCUUGCAAACCGAGGGGAAGUAAAUCACGACUGACCGACCUAAUGUAGCUCGUCCCAGGAGACUGUGUAGUAGAAGAGGUCGAAAAUUCUCUUCGUUGGCACUUUAAUUUGGGGUAAACUAGACCUACGUUUAGCUUCAUUUAUCCGUAUACAUAAUUACUCUAUUACUUCAUUUUCUUACCCAUGGUGCUCCGUUGGUGCGCAUAAUAGAGAGUUUUAGAUCUGAGUUUACCGCGAACCUCUAACCACUGGAGGUCACGUGAUUGAAGUCUUUCGCGUCACGUUUGAGGUUUACGACGUGCGUUUUCAAUGUGGGGAGGUAGGUUUUCACGUAUGCCAUUUACCUGAAAGCUUUUAGCGUAUAAUUCUUUUAAGAAUUAUACGCUAAGAAUACAAAAAUCUUGUGGAGCAAGUCUUUAUCCAUUAACAGAGGCACAAAUCUAAAUUUGAUAAAUCCUAUUUGAUCUUGAAAACAAGUGCCAUUUAUGGCUGCUGAUUCAAAAUGGCGGCCGUAAUCUACUCCACCGCAAAUCUAAAUCGAACAAGACGCUACGGAGCGUACACUUCGGCGUCGUGGAUGUGGAACUAAUUAAUUGUAAAUACGGAGGAAUAGUAAGAAAUUAAAUAUGGUAAGAGUAAGGUGUUAAUUUGUGAAAUUAUGGGAUUUGUCAGGACAUUCUGAAAAGAGCAACAUCCAAGAGGUCUACUUGCCAAAAAUUAGCAUUUCUGGACAAAUUGUCUCCAAGAUAUUAGCCCAGUUAUGCUCUGAUGACUCCAUACAAAUCCUUCUAAAAAACAAUUCUCUAUUUUUCUUAGUCACAUCAGGCUUCAAAAACAGCAUAGCAGUCUCAUGUACUGAUUUAAGAUGUUUAAGGCAUGGGUAAGGAGUCAAUUACGUUGAGCAUGGAAUUGGCUAAAACUCAAAGUCACGAGUUCGAAUGUUUUGAGGAUAAUUAUUCACUGACUAUCAGCACGCAGGGAUGUCGGAUUAACACAAGGAAGUUUAACACCAAAGGAACAUAGCCUUUACAGAGCUUUAAAACACAGCAUCCACCAACACAAACUUGACUUGAACUUUGAGUAAAACUAAACAGCCUCUACCAAUAAUAACAAACUGUCACUUGAACUUCAGAUAUCUUACGGCUUCCGCGAACUUAAAAACACAAUACCUGAUAAUCGACCUUCGUCACACUUGACUAAACACAGCAGUCCAGCUCGUGGGAAAAAACUUAGUUCUUCAAAAGAACUCGCUUGGAACUUGUAUACCGUUUGACAUAAGGUUCUAGAAAAUACUAAACAGCAGGCAAAUAGUAGUAGCUUUUCGACAUAUUUUAUGAUUUCAGUAACUGAUGCAAAUCUGCUGACUAUUACUGAAAUGUAAACAUGCCCUAUUUAAUUAUUCAUGGGUAAUCCAAAAACGUAGAGAGCGUUCGAGAAAGUCUUUUUGCAGCAUUUUGUAACUUUAAAUUCAUCAUAAAACAGUUCGAAAGGAGGGCUCACUCGUGAAAUGUUUUUCAACACUCGAAGAGAAAUUUCGUGUCUCUGCACGGCCACGAAAUAUCCUCUAUUCAUUCUUCGAGUAAUUAAAGACUAAACUCGAAGUGAUCUCAAGAUAUCAUCAAGUAGUCCGGUCUCAUUUUGUGAAAUAGUUGGAACAAGCCGAAAAGUCACGAACUUGCACGCCCAAUCUUGUCCCGAAACUAGUGCAUCAUUUCAUUACUAUUUUUCACAUCCCGAACUACCUUGGGUCGCAGUAGCGCAAUCGGCUAAUCCCUCAACUUAGAGUCUCCUCUGAUCUGACGGGUCACACAGGGGAGUCGGUUCAAACCCCGGGAAAGCCAAAAUAAGAAUUCUUUCUUCCUCGAAAAAGUUAAAGAAUAUAUCAAAGAAAUCGAAGUGAAAUAAAAUAGACUUCGUCAAAUAGCCAAAUAAAACCGAAGAACUACAGACUUUGCAUGCCCAAUCUUGUCAAAAAAUUGUAACUUUGAUACAUUCCUGAGCGUCGCGAAACCUUUACUUCGCGCUCCGCCGAAGUAAUUAUGUUUAAACGUCCAAUCGCAAACGGGUAACCGCAAACCUCGGUUAGAGAUUCGCGGUAAACUCGGAUCUAACUGAACUCUCUAAUAGCGGAGCUCUGGCGCGCGAAGCACGCCAGGUAGAGCACAGAAGAGCUAGAGCUCCUGUAGAGCACCAUGCGUAAGAAAAUGAAGUAAUCCACCCAUCCGAGAAAAUUUGGUAAUCACGUGACCGUACACCGACCGCGCGCCCCAGAGACCGUCCGUCCGCACCACAGGUAUACCAAUGUAAAAUAACUCAAUCAACAGGUAUCGAAACCAAAAGGCAACUCGAGGUUAUUUUGACGGGAAAUCGUAUAGCCACCGGUGUCUUGUAAAGCAGAGACAACAAAAGAGUCAAUAAAGACGAAAACGGAAAGCGGAAAUUGUUUCCGUAUCCGUGUUGUCUAAAUUAUUAACAUGGCUUAGAUAAAUUGCCAUGUCCACAAAUUUGGAAUAUAGAGCAAGAGAAAGACAGAGAAAAAGAGAAAGUGGGCGGCAGGUCAGCGAAGCUCAACGAGAAAAAGGGCGACGGGGAUUUAGAGCGAGAGAAAAAAACCUGAAAGGAGACAUUUUUUUGUUGGAAGAACAACAUGAAAAUUUUGCAGCGGCGGUGACAAAAUAAGAACUACUCAAACCUGUUGUGCGAGAAAAUACAAAGGGUGACAGGCCGCACAUCUAUACGGGCGUGGCACCCUCUGUUAACCUUUUUUUUUGGCUCUAACGAACAUGUCCUUUAAUGAUUUUCCUUUUUUGUAAGGAAAUGAUUGGUGGCUCUUUAAUUCAAGCUUCCUUUAUAGUAGACACUGUCAGAGGGCUGGUAUUGUGUCACGAAUGGCAAUAUUUCUUUUUCCUCCUUGUUGUUUUGUUUAAGGAGUUUAGACUCCCUAUUGUGAAUUUUAUUUCUGAUAGUAAGUUUUCUAUCAAAUAUUGUAGGUAGCCUCCGUCCAUCAAACGUUUUUUUUUAAAUUUUGAAUUAUUUUCCUCAAAGGUUGUUUCUGAGGAGUUUUUUUGUAGGAUUCUGAAGACUUCUCCUUUGACAAAUCCUUUUUUAACACUUGGAGGGUGACACGAGGUGAAAUGUGUGCAAGAAGGUUUUCUGUUUGUUUAAAACGUGUCUUUGCAUCAAGGAUACAUAUUUUUCCUUGAAUCUUGUGCCUUUGUAUACAACCGGGUCUAAAAACGCAGUCUCAGUGUCAAAUGUUUUGGCCGUGAAUUCAAUAGUUGGGUGAUGUAAGUUUGCUUGUUCAAUGAAGGCUUCAAUGUCUGGUUUACUCAUGUCCCAUAUAUAUAGGGAAAAGAUAUCGUGUAUGUAGCAUUUCCAAACUGUUGUUCUAAAGACAGUUUUGCUUUGAGUUGUUGUUUGAAUAUAUGUCAUGAAAAUAUUGGCAAAGGAAUCAAAACUGCUGUCUUCGUGCCCAUUGCAGUUCCAUGGUUUUGUAGGUAGUGCUUUCCAUUGAAGUGGAAGCAAUUUUCUUUGAGGAUUUAGCAUUUCCAGCAAGUAAUGUGUAGGAAUGGGUAGUCUUUGUAGACGUUUUCAUAUGCUUUGUGACAGACAAUUUCAAUAUACCCUUGUUUUGCUGUAUAUUUGUGUCAAGACUCAUAACGUCCAUCGAAACAAGAAAUAAUCGGUUUUUCACAUUUGUCUUUUCAGUGAAAGGUAAGAUUUCUGUGAUUUUGAUAUUUGUUGUAGCAGUGUAUCAACAAAUUUUAUCAGGCCGCAGAGAACAAGGUUUUAUUGGAUUAUUAAGAGGAAACCAAACAUCCUUGUUUUAACUAGGGGGUGGGUCAUGCAAGUUCCAACCUUGCUUUAGGGGUGGGUCAGUCAUUUUUGUGCUGAAGGGAGGGGGUGGGCCACGUGUUUUUUAUCAACCACAUUUCCAAAUGCUCCGACCCACCCCUCCCUAUACUUUUUGACCAGUCCCUUACAAAAAAGAUGCUGUAAUAAGAUCUGUGAGUAAAAAAGUGGAUUGUUGCAUUGAUGCAAAAUAUUAUAUACAAAGUUUCAACAGUUCCAAGCGCAGUUCGAUGUGAAUCUUUAUUACUAGUUGUCCAUUUGAGUAAUUUUAGCUUGUAAGGUAAUAACUUUUAAUUUAUGUAAUUAUAUGUAAUUGCGUUAAUCAGUUCGGUUACAGUUUAUUUUCUUGAUUUUUCCCGGUAAAUGGACCACCUUCCGUAAGCAACCACUUUGUCGUGAACCAAGGGUGGUCGCGUACGAGAGAGUAGACUGUAAAAUAGGCAAGCCCGUAAAUGAAAGAGUUCCGGAAACUGUGAAAGUACUUCAGGUCUAGGGAAACAGAAAAUUAAAAAUGAUUAUUAUGAUCCUGGUUGGCCAGAUCAAUUUAUUCCAUCGCCAGCUAGUCAGAAGACAAAAGACAAAAAGCCCGUGGACUCGGUAACUGAUACAAGUACAUUUGCUUGUAGGCGCAAAACAUCAUUUUAAGCACCGACAGCGCCCUAAAGAUGCAACUGUCUCAAAAAUGAAGUAAAUCAAGGCGAACUUAUUGUAGCCAUUGUCAAUGCAGAUUCAUAUGUGUAUUCAGUUUGCAAAGGUAUAGAAAUUGAAUAUCCCUCAAAAACUUCACAAUUUUCUUGUUGCAAUUUUAACUGAGCAUCUACUAUAGAAGUUUAUUAAAAACUGAAUCAUUGGAUAAUGCAAUUCUAGCAUUUUGAUUGGGUUAACCGUUAUGGUAUAUGAGCUAUUAUACCAUGCUCUCCAUAUAUGGCCGGUGUACGCUUCAGUUUAAAAUUGGAAGCUAGCUGAGAUUUUUUUUCGCGAAGGAUAGAACGGCGCCCGAAGCAAAUCGUUUUAAUUCAUUUCUUAGAGUACUAGAAAUGCAAUUUCAUCGAAAGAAAAAAGACCAAAACAAACAAAAAAGUCACAAGAGUUUGUUUGAAAGUUUGUCGAAAAACACAUGAAAACACAUGGAACUAAAGUACCUUGAAAGAAGACAAGUGUUGUUUCUUCAUGAUCACGAAGCCAUUCGUCGAUCGAGUCACUCGCCGAUAGAUAACUGCGGCUUGUUUAUCCGACAUCAAGAAUAUAUAUCACAAGUAACCAGCUACAGAUACAGGCUAUGCAGCCAUUCACUAGAGCAAUCGAGGCGGUAGUAUAGCUUCUUUUCUCGUUCAGCAAAACCAAACAACUUCAUAACAAGCGACCAAGGUAAUAGUUUUUCUCCGUUGUUUUUACUUUCAUAACUGCACCGAAAAUCCAAAUUCACAGUAAUUUCGACGGCUGUCACUUAAAAAUUCUUUUCCUUGACAUUAUCUGCCAGGUUUUUUUUAGCUGUUCUGCUUUGUAAAAUCCUAGAAUCCCGAUGAGUUUUUAAAAAACCAUGGAUAAUAGAUUCUAUUGUCCAUGUAAAAAACUUAUGUUCAUCGCUACAAUGUUUUGAUUUUUCAUUCAUGCAGUCCAGGCGAGUCCGUUCGCGCGUUGACAGUUUUGAUAGACGUGUGACAUGUGAAUAGCGGAAGUCCCUUGUCUUUUCCGGUUUGUUCUGGUCCGGGAGAUUCAACGAGAUUUUGUGGGCGUUUUUAAUAAAACAAUUAUUCCACUCGCGCUUGUUGGAUAUGAGAUGAUUAUAGCCAACUCGGCGCUACGCGCCUCGUUGGCAAUCUCUCAUCUCAUAUCCAACGCGCCCUCGUGGAAUAAUUGUUAAAUAGUAUCUUUUAUAGAUCCGAUAUGCUGUAAUUCGUGCCAUGUUUUUGCACAAGUAGCCCAGGCCCGAACUAUGAGCAUCGGCGAGGAUCGGCAUUGUUGCGUAACAUUAAAAAAGGUUUACCUUUAUAUAGAGAGAAAACCGUUUACAUAAAAACCCAUAAAACGGCCAUAAACUGGCCCGUGGACCACACAGGAGAGACUUAACACACAUUUUAAGUAAGGUAAGCUGUUUUUUAUUAAAAUCCUUUCAUUUUCGUAGAUCAGAAACAAUAGUUUUUUUCCCACACAAAUCCAUAUAUUUUGAAUGUUACGCAACGAUGUUGACGCUCGCCAAUUCUUAAAUUUUUCUCUGCGAGACAUCAAAUUGACACUUGGAGUCUUGCCCCGCAGAAGACACGUGGUAUGGCGUGGUUCUGUGGGUGUUGGGUGUUCUGGGUCAGGGCUUAAAAUCAGAGAGCGCGGAUAUUUUUCAUCAGAGCUUUCUCUGGUUGUUUCGCCUUACUGAUGAGCCCCCAAAAGGGCGAAACAGCUGUCUAUGGAGUACAAUCCCGUUCUGUUUUGAGUUCUUUCGGUGUCGUGUCGAUGUCUUGCAGAGUUAAUUUUCACGUAGUACGAUCAGCAUUGCAGUAUUCCGCUUGCAGAAUUUAAUAUGUCUACGUUAUUAUUUUGCUUGUCAGGUCUUUAUAGAUCCUACGUUCUUCGGCAUUUUCGCUUGCAGUCCUUUGCAGCCCUUUGUGGUUAAUGUUUGUACUUAUAAAACUAAGUUAAGUUUAGUUUAAAUAUGUCAUUACAUGUGAUCACACUGUAGAACUAUCAGUUCCAUUUACAUCUUAAAUAUCCGCAAAAUGUUUUUUCAUUUCUAGAGAAAGCAGCUAAACCUGCCUCGACUCCAGGUUGAGGCCAGACUGCAAAAGGAUAUUCAAGCAGCUAAAGUUAUUAUCAUUAUUGUCUUUGCAUUCCUUGGGUGUUACAUUCCGCCCCUCUGCAUCAUGGUCUGGCAUCGGUCCAAUUCUCAUUCCACUGAUAACAGUUGGAAUUAUCACUUAGUACACACCAGCAUACUCAUAUCCAAUGGGAUCAAUCCUGUCAUCUAUUGUUUCAGAACCAGCAGGUUUCGCUGCGCACUGAAACAGCUUCUUAAUGAUCCUUGCGGGAAAACGGCUUUCCAAGAAAUCAAACAGGAGCAACGAGCCAUAGAGAUUAUCCCAAAUCGGAUUGCACGAGGUGACAAAAUUGCGCGCGAACCUGACCAAGACAGAUUCAAAACCGCGCUGGAACCUGAUCAGGACAGAUUCGAACGUACUUCCUGUCCAUCCCUUUUUCAAUGGGUUAGUAAUUCUAACUGCUGCACCGGGAGAAUGGGUCGGGUUGCACCACGGUUUCAACAAAAGAAAACCAGUGAAAACAACAACGAAGAAUCGGAACUGCGCGCUGAUAAUAAAGCCACGCCCUUGACAAUACAAGUACAGGAGUCACAAACUCAGAUAGUAAUCCCGCCGACAAAAUCAAUGGAUAACGAGAAUUAUGAAGAAAAACUCUCCAGAAAAGAGCAACCCACAUUCAAAGCAAAUGACUCACGCCAGGAGGUUACUGUUGAGGUACAUUCUAAACGUUACCAUAGUCUACCUAACUUGAGGAAAAAUUAA